CAGACCUGCAGGUCCAGCCUUGCUCUCCUUCCCCCGAGCACCUCUGGCCCAAGGCCUGCCCACUUGCUGGAGCUGGCCCCUUGGCGAGGCUGCUGGGAGGGCCCGUGCUGCCAGGGGGGUCAGAGUCAGUGUUGGAGGUGCCGCAGGGACGCCCAAGGGGGUGCCCAGGUGGCAAGAUGCCUGUAUGUUCAGGGAAGCCACGUCCCAGCUCGCGAGUGGGUGCACAGAGGCCCGCGUGACCUUGCUGCUGACAUUCCUCAGAGGCCACGUGGCCCCAACUGGCAGGGACAGCUGUGGACAGGGACUGAACCAGCCUUGUUCCCAGGGUGGCGCCUGCUCUCCAUCCAGGCCCCACUCCCGCUCCCACCCGAUGCUGCUUUUGUUCCCAGGUUUCAGGGGGCAGCCGGCACUGUGAUUCCUGUGCUAUGAGUGCCUAGAGGCACGGAGCCACGAGGGGUCACCCCACGUGGGGCACAGGGCUUGGGGAGCAUGGGGCAGGACCAGACCAAGCAGCAGAUUGAGAAGGGGCUCCAGCUGUAUCAGUCCAACCAGACAGAGAAAGCACUGCAGGUGUGGAUGAAGGUGCUGGAGAAGAGCUCGGACCUCAUGGGGCGCUUCCGCGUGCUGGGCUGCCUGGUCACGGCCCACUCAGAGAUGGGCCGAUACAAGGAGAUGCUGAAGUUCGCUGUGGUCCAGAUCGACACGGCCCGGGAGCUGGAGGAUGCCGACUUCCUCCUGGAGAGCUACCUGAACCUGGCCCGCAGCAACGAGAAGCUGUGCGAGUUUCACAAGACCAUCUCCUACUGCAAGACCUGCCUUGGGCUGCCUGGUACCAGGGCAGGUGCCCAGCUCGGAGGCCAGGUCAGCCUGAGCAUGGGCAAUGCCUUCCUGGGCCUCAGCGUCUUCCAGAAGGCCCUGGAGAGCUUCGAGAAGGCCCUGCGCUACGCCCACAACAACGAUGACGCCAUGCUCGAGUGCCGCGUGUGCUGCAGCCUGGGCAGCUUCUAUGCCCAGGUCAAGGACUACGAGAAAGCCCUGUUCUUCCCCUGCAAAGCCGCAGAGCUCGUCAACGACUAUGGCAAAGGCUGGAGCCUGAAGUACCGGGCCAUGAGCCAGUACCACAUGGCCGUGGCCUAUCGCCUGCUGGGCCACCUGGGCAGUGCCAUGGAGUGUUGCGAGGAGUCUAUGAAGAUCGCACUGCAGCAUGGGGACCGGCCACUGCAGGCUCUCUGCCUACUUUGCUUCGCUGACAUCCACCGGAGCCGUGGGGACCUGGAGACAGCCUUCCCCAGGUAUGACUCCGCCAUGAGCAUCAUGACCGAGAUUGGAAACCGCCUGGGGCAAGUGCAGGCGCUGCUGGGUGUGGCCAAGUGCUGGGUAGCCAGAAAGACGCUGGACAAGGCUCUGGACGUCAUCGAGAGAGCCCAGGAUCUGGCUGAGGAGGUGGGGAACAAGGAAGCAAGGUCCCAGAGAGGGCAGGACGUUUUCCCGAGGUCCAUCAGGAAGACAGGGAAGUGGCUGAGACUGGAGCCUGCCUGCACUGACUUUGCUCUCAUCCCCCACUGCCACUCUCCACUCCCGCGGGCCCCAGCUGAGCCAGCUCAAGCUGCACUGUCUGAGCGAGAGCAUUUACCGCAGCAAAGGGCUGCAGCGGGAACUGCGGGCGCAUGUCGUGAGGUUCCACGAGUGUGUGGAGGAGACGGAGCUCUACUGCGGCCUGUGUGGCGAGUCCAUAGGCGAGAAGAACAGCCGGCUGCAGGCCCUGCCCUGCUCCCACAUCUUCCACCUCAGGUGCCUGCAAAACAACGGGACCCGGAGCUGUCCCAACUGCCGCCGCUCAUCCAUGAAGCCUGGCUUUGUGUGACUCCCGGCAGCAGGUGUGGGCUUCCUCCUCGCCGCUCCUGCUCCUUCUCCACUGCACACUGGAGACCCAUUUACUCCUGGGGCAGCUGCCAGCAUGUCGUCACCACAGCCAGGGCCUUGGGACCUGCCCACGGCUGCUCCCCUGGGCCCAGCUCCCCUCCCUGCCUCUUUGUACUUUGCUCUUCAUAGAAAAAUAAACCGUUUGUACCUGG